AUGGCUGGUGAGCAAAUGGAUUAUGAAGAAGAGGAGAAGAUGCAAUAUCAGGGAAGUGGUGCCAUACCUGCACUUGCAGAGGAAGAGUUGGGAGAAGAUGACGAGUAUGAUGAUCUAUACAAUGAUGUCAAUGUUGGGGAGAAUUUCUUGCAGAUGCAUGGUUCUGAAGCGCCAGCCCCACCUGCUACAGCGGGGAAUGGAGGAUUUCAAACUCGAAAUGCUCAUGAAUCAAGAGUUGAAACUGGGGGUUCACAAGCACUUACUAUCCCUGUGGGUGGGGUUGCAGUUGAAGGGAAAUAUUCGAAUGCUGGGGCACAUUUUCCAGAGCAGAAGCAGGUGGCAGUUGGUGUUGUAGCACAGGAUGUAGGGUCCGUUGGCUAUGGUGAUGGAUCUUCUGUUGCUCAGAAGGGGAGGGUUAUGGAGAUGAGUCAUGAUGUUCAAGUUCGAAAUAUGGGAUUUCAGAAAUCACCAGUGCCCCCCAGUAUUGGGGUUGAUCCCUCUGAUGUGAGUAGAAAAAUUGCUAACGACCCUGAACCUUUGCCGAACACUGGCAGUGCUGGUCCUCGAGGUGUUCCACAGAUGCAAGUUAACCAAAUGAGUAUGAAUGCAGAUGUUAAUCGCCCAGUGGUUAAUGAAAAUCAGGUCCGUCCACCUAUAGAGAAUGGUUCUACCACACUGUAUGUGGGAGAAUUACAUUGGUGGACCACUGAUGCAGAGCUGGAGAGUGUUGCAUCUCAGUAUGGAAGGGUCAAAGAGAUUAAAUUCUUUGAUGAGAGGGCCAGUGGUAAGUCUAAAGGUUAUUGCCAAGUUGACUUCUAUGAAGCAGGUGCUGCAGCUGCAUGCAAAGAGGGAAUGAAUGGGCAUCAUUUCAAUGGACGACCUUGUGUUGUGGCCUUUGCUUCUCCACAAACACUAAAGCAGAUGGGGGCUUCUUACAUGAACAAAACCCAGGGUCAGACUCAGCCUCAGCCUCAGUCUCAGGGAAGGGGGUCCAUGAAUGAUGGUAUGGGAAGAGGUGGUAAUGCUAAUUAUCAAAGCGGAGAUGGAGGAAGGAACUAUGGAAGAGGUGGGUGGGGAAGGGGUGGACAGGGAAUUCUCAACCGAGGACCUGGGGGUGGACCAAUGAGGGGAAGAGGUGCCAUGGGUCCUAAGAACAUGGCUGGGAAUGUUGCUGGAGUUGGAAGUGGUGCCAAUGGUGGAGGAUAUGGACAAGGCCUUGCAGGUCCUGCAUUUGGUGGACCUGCUGGUGGAAUGAUCCCACCCCAGGGUAUGAUGAAUGCUGGAUUUGAUCCAAUGUAUAUGGGGCGAGGGGGUGGUUAUGGGGGUUUUGCUGGUCCUGGUUUUCCUGGCAUGCUUCCUUCAUUUCCUACUGUUAAUUCAAUGGGACUUGCUGGGGUGGCUCCUCAUGUCAAUCCAGCUUUCUUUGCCCGAGGAAUGGCACCUAAUGGGAUGGGAAUGAUGGCGUCCUCUGGAAUGGAUGGACCGAAUCCAGGAAUGUGGUCUGACACAAGCAUGGGAGGAUGGGGAGAAGAGCAUGGUCGAAGGACAAGGGAGUCAAGUUAUGAUGGUGAUGAGGGUGCUUCUGAAUAUGGAUAUGGAGAGGGAAAUCAUGAAAAGGGUGCUCGGUCAAGCGGGGCCUCCAGAGAAAAGGAACGGGUUUCUGAGCGUGACUGGUCAGGUAAUUCUGACAGGCGGCACCGUGAAGAGAGGGAACAGGACUGGGACAGGUCUGAGAGGGAGCACAGGUACAGGGAAGAGAAAAAUAGUUACCGUGGCCAUCGGCAAAGAGAGCGUGAGUCGGGUUAUGAGGAUGAUCGGGAUAGAGGGCACUCUUCUUCAAGAGCUCGGAGCAGGUCCCGUGCAGCUCCAGAAGAGGAUUACAGGUCUCGAUCGAGGGAUGUAGACUAUGGCAAGAGGAGACGCCUUCCAUCAGAGUGA